GGUCGGACCCACAGUCCGUGAAAGCAUUUGGAGCAGCCGUGGCAUGAAGGAAGUGGAACACCGAGAGCAGCGGAAGCAGAAGAAACAAACGCACUGCGCUGGGAUCCCAGAAAUAGCUCGGUCGGGAUGAAUUUGUCCGCAGCAAUUCAUGUGCGCAGAAAUCUUCAUUGUGGCAGUUUGGUGCUGUGGAUCUGCUGGAGCAAAAAUUUGAUGUUUUGACGAAAGAACUCACGAUUACAGGAGGUGGAAGGUGUGCUGCCAGUAGCAUUGCACUGUCUCUCGGAUCACUGUUUCCAGAUCCAAAAGGGAUUUCUCCGAUUCAGUAUGCUUGUGCAGAUUGUUUUUGGAACGCGAGUGCAACCCUUUAUGUCCAGAAGCUCCGAGUGAUUGGGUUGGGUCGGGAAAUCUUGCGGGCGAGAGCAUAUGCAGUUUUGUUAUAACGCCAGUGGCACGCCGUCGAAGCCAUCGCAGGGAGAAGGCCGAAGACAAGUGGAACAGACAGUGACGACGAAUUUAUGAUCUUGAUGCUGGUGUUCUUCUGUGUGAUGUGAUGACUGGCUACGUUUAGACCCGUUUAGAAUUCUCUGCCAUCUGCUGAGUGUAAGUGCAGCGCCAUGACGACGAAUGUUUCCGAUCGAGAUUUGGCGUUCUGUCUUCGCCUUUUGUCUCACACCGUGAGAGACAGUCCAGCGCCUGCCUCUGCGGAAGCGUCGGACACUGCAGUGCUUGAGGCGGUGAGAAAGUUGUACGCAUUAUGCAAGGAAGACGAGAGUGGGGACUUAGUAGCAAGGGUGUAUCCACAAAUUGCCAAGCUGUUCCAGAGAUUUUGUGCAUCAGGAGCGGCAAUGAGACCCAGCCAUGGUCUUAUCUUACUGGCAGUUCUGCAAUAUUUUUUGGAUUAUGGAGAAUCUGUACUCCAUGACUCAGAUCCAAGUCUACGACAAUUUUUUCGAUCUUCUCUCAGCAGGCUUUAUGCUGAUCCCGCAGUUGCAAAAGCUACUUUAGACUUUCUGAACCAAAACAAGACCAAACUUCUACUUUUUCACGCAUCACUGCUUUCGCAGUUUUUCCCACUGCUGUUCAAAAUUAUCGCCUGGGGAGACAGCAAGUUGGACUAUGCAUUCAUGGAGCUGCUGCCUGCUCUUGUGGGCCCAUCAUCUUUCCUACCCUUGUUUCCAGCUAUUUUGGACCUACCAUCUUUGGUCCUGGCUCUGGAAAGCCUUGAACAACGAACGGGAACGCUUAUAAGUGUCAACGGAGCAGUUGCCCGCAAAAGCCCUGCACCUGAGGCAUUGCUAGCUCUCAUGGACGAAGCAUACACGGGUGGAGUUGGUGGAGGUGGCGCGGAGUCUGGUGACGAGGGUGAAAGUACUUCACGAGACGAGACAGAUGCUCUGUUCGCUGAUCUUUUGAAAGAUGAAAAUGAAGGCCUUCCGGAACGACAUUGGUCUUUUCCUGGCAUGGCUGCUGCCUUGCAAAUAGCUAUGGGUGGUACUCAAUCCGACAGGUUGAAGCACGCCUUCAGAUUGGCACCUACAUUGCUUCAGAUAUAUUUUGAUGUGGCCCUACGAGAUGUAAAUGAUUCAUUGAUAUGUGCUUUACUUCCAAUUCUCUUUUGGAGGGUAGAUGCCAUGUUCCCGGAUAAAGAUUUCUCCACUGAGGCGCGAAAGAAAUGUAUGGAAUUUACUCUUGCCGCGCUAAAGCAGUCCCCCCACUUCAUCGCCGUAUUGAAGAAACCCAUUAUGGACCGUAUUGGGCAAACUUACACCACCAUUACCAAGGCCGAGCUGGCCUUACAACUCUGUUGGGCCGUUGGUGAAUAUGGAGGUGGUGGGCCUGAUCACAAAGACGCUGCUCGCGAGCUCUUUGAAUCUUUGGAACUGGUGCUAUAUGAAAAUCUAUCUUCCAGUCGGGCCGCUAGAAUAUCUCUCUCUGCGGACACCUGGUUGAAAACACCAGGAUCAAUGACCCCUGGAACUCCAGCUCAAGCGAGGUUGCUGUGCUUUGUGGUCACUGCCAUUGCAAAGUUAUCAACAUGUCAUCGAGAGCUGUUACCAAGAGCUCGUGUUUGCUUGGCUAAGGUUGCUCGAUCUCAUCAAGUGGUGGAUAAAGCAGUUUGGAGACGAGCCAGAGACUACUUGGGUUUGAUGCACGAACCGGCUAUCUGUUCUUCGAUACUGGGAUCUUCAGUGGGGUAUCGUAACCAUCCAACAAAUAUCCAGUGGGCAGAUGGAGACACAAAAGCAGUGGCCAGCAUUCCGUUUUAUCUGCUUGGCGAGAAAGAAGGUCCACCAUUUCAUGACUUCAGUUUAGCUGAUGUUAUAAAGGCUUUGGCUUGAUUUUUGCUUUAGAGAGAUGUCGACAGUGCGAGUGUACUUUUGAACAAACAAAUUUCCGCUGAUUAGCAGCAGGCUCUUGCUGAAAUUUGCUGUAUAUAAACUGAUCCUUUGCUGGCAUCACUGGUUUUAUUGCCAGGUGAAUUUCACAAGGUUGAUUGUCAUGCGCAUUUUAAUCUUGACUGCAGCUCAUUGCUGACUUUGAAAUCGCAAUAUCUCCUCGUGCAUGUUCAAAGUUCAUUAUGUUUCUUAUAUUCUCCCGAGACUUAUGACACUUUUACACCCUCGUUAACCCAAAUUCGUCAGUGGAAGAUAAUGAUCUGGAAGUCCGUGUUGGGGAGCACAUCACAGAGAAGCUGAUGCCUGCGUGUGACCAGAAGAAACACGGGAAACCCUUAGGAAACAAUCAGCCAUUGAACCUGGAGUGACGUGGGGCAGACGUGUAGGAAGGUGGUGCCCUGUUUCUCAGCCCACAGUCUGAGGAUGAAGACCUGCAGUGGUACGCUGGAUGACCAAGGAGUACCACAUGCCUACUUACAUGCACAGGGGUCUUCAAUUCUCAGCUAGUCGCAUGAAAUGG